UGAAUUCAACACUUUUUUCAGAAUGUGGCACGCUCUUCUGAAAAGUUUUGUAUGGACAUGUUUCAUCGCGGUGCUGGACGGCGCGAGUGUUGGGAGAAGGAGGCUUGUGUAUCCACAUGUAAUAGAGGCUCGAAGUGACGGGGAUCAGCUAACACUCUUUAUCGAUGAAGACACCACUCUAUCUCUGCAACCAGCCGAUGUUUUUUCGAAGUCGUUUUUGUUGCAGUACGAAGAAGGAGGAACCCCAGUGAAACAAUAUAUGAAUGGAAUGGAGCUUAACAAAAUGGUAUAUCAUGAUAUGGAUCAAAGGGCGGCCGUUUCUCUUGAAAGGGAUAAUGGACUACGCGUGCAUGGAAUUAUCCGUGACUCACUACGAAUAAGACCAGUUGGUAUUACUGGGAGAUCUAGUGCCGGACGCAUUCCACACGAAAUUUUUGAAGAUGAAGAGCACUUUUCAAAUACACGGGGUGAUUACAUUGCAGUUAAGCCACUUCAACCCACUCAACUCAUCAAGGAGAGGAAUAUACAAGUUCCCGACAUGGUGCGCCCUGAAAUAUUGGUGAUGGUGGGUAGUGACAAGUACAAGACACAAAAGAAGCCGUUAACUGCAGUAGUUUACUACGGUGUACUUAUGGCUAGUGUCAACAUUCGAUAUGCUUCAAUGACCAGUCCGAAUUUGAAAGUGAAAUUAUGUUCUGUAAAAAUUAUGUCGAACGGCCUAAAGAAGAAGUUGUAUAAAUUAAUAAAGUAUAGUGGCACCUCCUAUCUCGAAGCCAGUGCUACACUUUCCAACCUUAAAAAGGAGGUACAAGGGACAUCAUACGGAUCAUAUGAUGCUGUCAUUCUGUCAACAGACAAAAAGUUGGUGACUAUUGAGAAUGGAAUCCUGGACCCGGCACUAAAUGGUUUUGCAUAUGGUGGGACUAUCUGCAAAGCAGGAAAAGUGGCAAUCGUGGAAGAUGAUGGCCUUACCCUUGACGGAGUACACUACACUGCUCAUGAACUUGGACACCUAGAGAGCGACUUUGAAUGCCUGAGAAUUGAAACGCAUGACACCAAUCUAGAUACAAAAAGGCUGCCUGCCAGUUUUACAACUCCAAACGAAAUUUGUGAGAAGAAACUUCUAGCUCACAAUCAUGCUGGUGGAUUUCAUCAAGAUGAGGACAAUAUGUUACAGAGGUGUAUUCUCCAUUGUAAAACGCCUCCUGAUGAAGAUGACUUUAUUUGGAGUAUGAAUGUAACAGCAGAGGAGGGGACACCUUGCAGAAAAACAAAGCCUCCGAUGCUUUGCAUAGCUGAGGAAUGUGUUGUGUCGGAAUAA